AAAUUGUAAGAACUCUGUUGUCCCCGCGCAAUAGUUUCAAAUUUCAUAAGUUUGUGUUAACUGAGAUAGACUUUGUAAUUAUAAGUGUUCGUAUUUGUGGAUUUAUAAUGGAUAUCGAACUUCCUUAUAAAGCUGAAUAUGCUAAAAGUGGUAGGGCUUCAUGUAAAAUGUGCAAGUCUUCAAUUGCUCAAGGAACUUUACGCUUGGCUGCCAUGGUGCAGUCAGCUUUUCAUGACGGAAAACAACCACUUUGGUUUCAUGAGGACUGUUUUUUUAAGAAACAACGCCCCAGUGCUGUAGGGGACAUAGACAAUUUUGAAAACAUGCGAUUCGAGGAUCAGCAAAGAAUUAAGUUGAAAGUUGAUAACCCUUCCGACUCUUCAGCUGCUACUAGUUCAAAAAAAGGAAAAAAACGUUCCGCAGAUGAUUCUACACUGAAAGAUUUUGGUGUCGAGUAUGCUAAGAGUAGUAGAUCAUCUUGCCGUGGCUGCGAACAAAAAAUUUUAAAGGAUCAGGUUCGCAUCCGAAAAACUGCGUAUGAUACGGAAGUUGGAAUGAAGUAUGGAGGUCAACCAUUAUGGCAUCAUGUUGAAUGUUUUGCUCAAUUGCGCAAUGAGCUUGGUUGGUUGCAAAAAGGAGAUUGUCUUCCCGGAUACAAAAGUUUAAAAAAAGAAGACCAGUCUGACAUUUUAAAAUUCUUACCGGCUCUGAAAUCCGAAAGCGGUUUGGUCGUCAAAAAAGCUAAAGUCGAACCAGAUAUUAAGACAGAAGAAGAACAUAUACACAAAUUAAUAGAAAAUCAGUCAAAACGUGUAUUCAAGAUUCGUGAUCUAGUAGAGGGACAAAUGAAUAAAAAAGAUAUUAUUAGUUUGCUGGAGCAUAAUAAUCAAGAACCUGUAAACGGAGAUUCAGAAAAACUUCUGAAUCAAGUUUCAGAUAUGCUAGUUUUCGGAGCUUUGUCACCAUGUCCCCAGUGUAAUGGCCGUGAAAUAUUAUUUAGUAAAUCUGGAUAUUUAUGUAAUGGGCAAUUAACGGAGUGGACAAAAUGUACAAAUCUUUUGAAAGAACCUGAGCGUAAACCUUGUAAAAUACCAAAAAAAUUAAAGGAGGAAUACAGUUUUUUAUCAGAUGUUAGAAAUAAGACAGAAAACAGAGUUAUUAAAUAUAACCCACCCAGUGCUACUGUUAUUUCGAAGACUAUAAAAGCAAAAGUGGAAGUUGAACCAACCGAACCUAAAGUAAAACGUGAACGGCCACCUCUUUACAAGUUGAAUUUUGCUUGCAUUGGCCUUAAGGAAGUUGAAAAAAGCUUAAAAGCCCGUGUUAAUAAAUUGGGUGGCGAAAUUUCAACAAAACUAAAUGAACAUACUGCUGCUGUCUUUUCAUCAAAAAGUGAAGUAGAGAAUUUAGGAAGUCGAAUGAGAAAAGCGAAAGAGCUUGGUGUUCAUAUUAUACCUGUAGAUUACUUAGAUUUAGUUGAAAAAAGUCCAUCGAACGCUAUUAAUUACAUUAGCAGUACUGCUAUCUCAGAUUGGGGAACUGAUCCCAACAGCCGAAUUUUACAAGAGGACGUAAAAUCGAGCAAAUCAAAGAGUAUUUAUACCAAAUCAGUCGCUAAGUCCAUGACGUUAAAAAUAAAAGAUGGCUCUGCUGUAGACCCAGAGAGUGGAUUACAAGACAUUGCACAUGUUUAUCUAGAUGGGAAUACCAAAUAUAGUAUUGUUCUCGGUCUAACAGAUAUUCAACGCAACAAAAAUUCAUUCUAUAAAUUACAGCUUUUGGAAGGCGACUUAAAAAACAAAUACUGGGUAUUUCGUUCUUGGGGUCGAAUUGGUACAACCAUUGGCGAUCAUAAAUUAGAAAGUUUUGGAAAUCUCAUAGAGGCCAAACAAUCGUUUCACCAAGUUUAUCUUGACAAAAGUGGAAAUGACUUUAAGGAUCGCAAUAAUUUUGUAAAGGUUCCUGGCCGGAUGUAUCCAAUUGAAAUCGACUAUGAGGAUGAAAAAAAAGUUGAGGAUCCUAAAAAUUGCAAAAUUAAGUCGAAGCUAAAUUCAUCGGUUCAAAGUCUAGUAAAACUUUUAUUUGAUAUUGAGGAAAUGAAAAAAACUAUGAUGCUUUUCGACUUAGAUAUGGAAAAAAUGCCACUGGGAAAACUUAGUAAAAGGCAAAUUCAAUCUGCAUAUAAAGUGUUAACUGAGAUUUACGAUCUUAUUCAGCAAAAUUCAAAUAAAGUGAAUUUUAUUGACGCCACAAAUAGGUUUUACACAUUAAUCCCGCAUAAUUUUGGCGUUCAAAGUCCUCCGAUUUUAGAUACCAUUGAGGAAGUUGAAAAACAUCGACAAGUUCUUGAUUCUCUUUUGGAAAUUGAAUAUGCUUACAGUUUGCUGCAAGCGGAAGAUGAAGAAGAAAACUUAAAUCCUCUGGAUAAACAUUACGAACAACUUAAAAUCAAACUUGAAACUAUUGAUAAAAGCAGUGAAGAAUUCAAACUACUUGAAAAAUAUGUCGAAAACACGCAUGGUGAAACACACAACAUGUAUAAACUGGAAAUUGUUGAUGUGUUUAAAGUAGUCCGCCAAGGGGAGGCCCGCCGUUAUAAACCUUUCAAAAAAUUAAAUAACCGCAAAUUGCUUUGGCAUGGAUCUCGACUUACUAACUUUGCUGGAAUUUUGUCCCACGGCUUAAAAAUUGCCCCUCCUGAAGCACCGGUUACGGGUUAUAUGUUUGGAAAGGGUAUUUACUUUGCAGAUAUGGUGACAAAAUCCGCAAACUAUUGUUGUACCACUUCAAAGGAUAACACAGGCCUGAUGCUUUUGUCCGAGGUAGCUCUAGGUGACAUGAUGGAGUGCACUUCUGCAAAAUACGUUACCAAAUUACCACCAAACAAACAUAGUACUUUAGGUCGUGGGCGAAUGAUGCCAGAUCCGAAGGAGUCUUAUAUUCGGGAAGAUGGUGUAGAGAUUCCACUCGGCAAACCAAUAACAGACACAAGUCUUAAAUCCUCUCUUCUUUACAACGAAUAUAUUGUAUACGAUGUUGCUCAAGUGAAUAUACAAUAUCUUUUCCGUAUGAAUUUCAAAUAUGGUAUCUAAACUCAUCAAAUGGUCUACUCAUUAGUAAGGUGCCUUCAAGGUCUAAAGGUAUUCCACACAAAUACAUUUAUUAAUUAACUAAUCUCAACAUGUUAUACGUUAUUGCAUAUGUGAAAAAAUAAAUCCUAAUUAUAAUUGGUAAAGAA